AGGAAUUUCCAAAGCUCAACAUAACCUCACAAAUUCCUGCCACGGAUCAGUGCCCGUUUCUUGUGUUUUAUUAUUUUGUGCAAAAAAAAAGCCAAAACUAUGGAGAAAUUGGAGAAGAAGGAAGUUUCUCAAGCUAUAAUUGUGGCGAAUAACUUCACGGACAAUUUCGCACCAUUCACGGACACAACUCCCGUGGCACUUCUUCCCAUUGUGAAUGUUCCCUUCCUGGACUAUGCCAUUGAAUUCCUGAAUUUUAGUCGAAUUGAGGAAACCUUCAUUGUGGUCAGCAGUGGGGUGGAUCAAGUGAGGAGUCACAUUGAGAAAAGACUGAAGGAGUACUACAUCUGGUCCGUGAAGAUGACAAUCACAGUAAUUGGAUCCGAGGGGAGUCAUUCAAUUGGGGACGUGCUGCGUGAUAUUGAAGCCAAGGGCCUCAUCCGGGGGCACUUUAUUCUCAUGACCGGAGACACCGUCUCCAAUGCCAAUUUAAUCCCCCUGCUGGAGAGGCACAAGCAAAUUGCCAAAUACGACAAGGGUGCCUGCAUGACUGUCAUGUACAUGGAACUCCCGCCCUGCAUGCGUACCGGAGAUGAAGUCACCGUGGCUGUGGAUCGCCUCAAUAGUCGCUUGCUGACGCAUCAGCGGCAAAAUCCCCUUAAUCGCGAAAGGAAUUUCACCUUUGACCUGGAAUACUUCAAACUCCCAAGUUCCGCGGAGAUUCGGCAUGACUACGCUGAUCCACAGAUUGCCAUUUGCUCCCCAAUGGUUCUCACCCUGUUUGCGGACAACUUUGACUUUGAGACCCGCGAUGACUUCAUCCGGGGGCUGCUGAUUAACGAAGAAAUCCUCGACAGUCGCAUCUAUGUGGCUGAACUGCCGGCCGGGGAGUACGCCAUGAAGGUCAGCAAUUGGCAAAAGUAUAAAAUUGUCAGCAAUGACAUCAUCCACCGCUGGACGCAUCCCCUAUCCCCGGAUAUGGGAAUCGGCCGCAUGAAGCUGCAGUAUCACAUCUCGAAGAAUUUGGUGUACAAAAAUAAGAGCGUUCAACUGGCCAGGAGUAGUGUUCUCAAGGAAAGUCUCGUCAUUCACGAAGACAGCUCCGUUGGGGACAAUUCCUGGCUAUCACAGUGUGUUGUGGGCAGACGCUGUCGAAUUGGGAGGAACUGCAAAAUCUCCAAUUCCUUCAUCUUCGACGACGUGGUGAUUGAGGACAACGUUCAGUUGGAUCACUGCAUCAUUGGGCAGGGAGUGGUUAUCAAAGGAAACACAACAGUGUCCGGAGGAUCAGUUUGUGGUGAUCGUGUAAUCAUCCCUGACAGCUCAACAAUUGACAAACUCACCAUUCAAGCUGACCCUCCGGAAUUCUCUGCACCUGCCCAAAAACUAGGCAAUUCCGCCUACAUUGUCGUGGAGGAAGAAGAUGACGAAGCUGGAGACUCAGAAGAUGAGGAAAAAGACACCGCACAGACGAGAAUUAAACGAAUGAUUGUGGAUGAUUGUGCCGAUGUGGAGAGUGAUGUGAGCUUAAGUAGUGACGAGGAGGAAUCUCAUCGUGCAUCACCAGUUCCGGAAGAUGCCAAUAUCUUCCUAUCGGAAGUUAUUGAUUCCCUUAAGAGGGGCUUUGAGGAGAAAUCUAAUCCGGAAUUUCUUGUUCUUGAAAUUAAUUCAUCCCGCUAUGCCUACAAUAUGUCCCUGUCUGAGGUGAAUUUCUACGUUGUUCAGGCAAUCUUUCACCUGUCACCCCUCACAGAUGCCACAACAAACGUCCUGGCGGCUCUCAAGCAAAUCUACAACCAUUUGGGACCUGUGCUGAAGAACUACAUCAAAGGAGAAGCAGCCAUGGAGGAUUGUCUCAAAGCAAUUCAGGAUGUGUGCCAGGAGAAGGAUAACAUCAAGCCAAGAGUGUCACAAAUUGUCCAUUUCUUUUAUUCUGUGGAUCUCGUGAGUGAGGAAGCGGUGGUGGCGUGGUAUGAGAACCUCGAUGACGAUGCUAAAUGGCUCAGGGAUGGCCUCAAGAAACUCAUUGUAUGGUUCCAGGAAGCAAGUAGCGAUGAGAGUAGCGAAUAAGAUUGAGAAAAAAAUUUUAA